AUGUCCGCCAUCCGCAAAGUCGUCAUCACCGACUUCGGCGGCCCCGACGUUCUUAAGGUCAUCGACGACGUGUGCCCGCCGCCGCCGCCGGGCCACGUCCAGAUCGCCACCGAGUACGCCGGCUUCUCCGGCACCGAUGUGAACAUGCGGAUGGGCAUCUAUCCCUUCGUGAAGCGGCCGCCGCUCACUCCGGGAUGCUGCCUCGUCGGCACGAUCACGGCAGUCGGUCCUGGCUGCAGCGGCGCCCUCGCUCCGGGUAGCGUCGUUGUGGUCCUGACCAAGUACGACGCCGACGCCUCGCUCGUCAACCAGCCGGAGCGCUACUGCGUGCCGGUGCCGGCCGGCGUCGACCGGCGGAAGGCGGCGGCGCUCGUCUGCGACUGGAACUCGGCGUACAGCAUGGUAGUGCAGACGGGGCAGGUGUCGCGCGGCCAGCGCGUCUUCGUGCACGGUCUCAGCGGCGCGGUCGGCUACGCCCUCAUGAAGCUGUGCCAGCUGCGCGGCGCCGAGGUCUACGGCACAGCGAGCGAGCGUAACCACCCCGAGAUCCGCCGCCAGGGCGCUUCCCCUUUCGUCUACACCAACAAGGCCUGGAUCGCGCACAUGCGCGACGUCGCCGGCGGCGCUCACGCCGUCUUCGACGCGCUAGGCUUCGAGAGCUUCGACGAGAGCUGGUCGAUCCUCGCGCCCGACGGCAUCCUCGUCGGGUUCGGCACCAACAUGAACUCCCUCGGUGGCAGCAAGUUCAGGAACCCGACGGCCACGAUCGCGAAACUGCUUGUGCGCGGCUCGAGCCCCGUAUUCUCCCGCGGCGAGAGGAGUGCGUUCUUCGCUCUCUCGCGCGACGCGACGACAUAUGUGAGCAACAUUAAGACGCUCCUCGAUAUGCUGAAGACGGGGAAGAUCGCUGUCCCGAUUAAGAGCGUGUGGGACUUGGAGGAUAUACGCUCGGCCCAUCGGGGUUGGGGCCGUGUAGAGGGGGUCGGGUCGUUGUUGAUCAAGGUCGCCAGGUAG